AUGGGCCACAACUUUUUGACUGAUGCUCAUGGCAGCGAAUUCAAGUACAUUUUUUUGGAAGGUGGCCUGCAUUUUGUGAUCGUGGCCUCUAUGUCGCUCCUCAGUCAUUUACCCUAUUUGAAGAAUCAUUCUGUGUACACCAUAGAACUAAAUAUUGAAGGUACACAGUACGGCAAAAUGUUUUAUCGCUCUGAAAAAUCUCUUUCAGGUCAUGAUGGGAGCAGGAAGAUAAGGAAAAUGUGUCCUGCUCGGUUGGGCCCGUUUGGUCUUGGAUCGCAGAAGUCCCAUACAAAACUCACUUAUGGAACACCAAAGUCUGUCAUAUCUAGUCUGUCCACUUCAAGCCAAAGCAAAGAAAAUGUAUCAAAUAUUAAGAAUGAUGUUGAUAUCAGUACUACACAGAAUCCACAGGAGAAAUCAAAUUCUAAUGCAGAAGAGAAGAAAGAUGAAGUUAAUCCAGCUAACUGCAAGGAAACACGGCAGUGUUCGUCUGAAGUGUCUGAGGCUUGUGGGAAAGUACUCAGAAUCAUGAGUGACAAUGUAAAAGUGACAGUUGAAGGACAGUCUAAGCCAGAAAAAGUUGAAAGUAAACCUGAAGUUACCCAUCAGUCAGGUGUUGAGUCUGUAAGUGGAGAAGCAUCAGAGGAAGAAUUAAAGCAAAGUUCAAUUGAUGAUGAUCAAGAAGCAGAUGACGGAAGUGAAGCUACAGAUGAAGCCUAUGAUGCCAGAAAGGAUGCUUUUGCUCUUGCUGACAAAGAAAGGAAACCUAAUUCAGGGCGAAAGUGGUGUCUGGAUGAUUUUGAGAUUGGAAGGCCCUUAGGGAAGGGGAAGUUCGGAAAUGUGUACCUUGCUCGUGAGAAGAAGUCGCAGAUUGUUAUUGCCCUGAAGGUUCUUUUCAAGAAUAUCUUGACUAAGUCUGGAGUUACGCAUCAGGUCCGUCGUGAAGUCGAAAUCCAGUCACACUUAAGACAUCCUAACAUUCUUCGGUUAUAUGGGUACUUUCACUGUGAAAAAAGAGUUUACCUAAUGCUGGAGUUUGCUCGUUAUGGUGAAAUGUACAAAGUUCUCUGUUCCCAGCCUGAGAAGAGAUUCACUGAGCAUCAGUCUGCACAUUACAUGAUUCAGCUUAUCAGCGCACUUAAGUACUGUCACUCAAAAAAUGUCAUCCACCGUGAUAUUAAGCCUGAAAAUAUUUUGAUUGCUGCAGAUGGCCAGCUUAAGAUUGCUGAUUUUGGAUGGUCUGUUUAUUCACCAAAUGAAAGGAGAACUACUCUCUGUGGCACGUUGGAUUAUUUGCCUCCUGAGAUGAUUGAAGGUCGUAUGUAUGAUGAGAAAGUGGACAUAUGGUCCUUGGGUGUCCUCUGUUACGAGUUCUUAGCGGGUAAGCCUUCUUUUGAAGCAAAAUCUCAUACAGAGACCUUCAGGAGAAUUGCAAGAGUUGACAUAAGGUUCCCCACACACUUUUCCAGCGAGUCGAAGGACUUGAUUUGCAGGAUGUUAAGGUAUAAUCCCAAAGAUCGCCUCAGUUUUGAUGCUAUCAUGGAACAUCCUUGGAUUAACAUCCAUUACGACGCUAGUGCCCCUCCUCCAAAUCCUUGUUCUAAGAACAAGGGACCUUUUGCUGUACAAAGUAUUCCAAGUGCUUGUAAAUAGCAAGUGUGUUUAUAGAUGAAUUGGUCUGUAUAAUAUAGAAAUAAGACAAUUUUAAUGAUACUGUACUGCAUAGUGAUAAAGCCCCAUGGAUAAGGUGGAGACUGCAUUGAUCACACUUAAGUUAAAAAAAAAAAUGCCCUUGCUUCAUGUAAAGGCUCAUUGACAGAGAGGUUCCACUGGUUAGUAAUAGGUUGUUUUACUUUUGUAGUACAGAGCUAUGUUUUUAAGAUGCAGGUUGUUUAGUUCCAUGAGUAUUCCUAGAGGAAAUUUGUCUGUGGUGGCUAACUAUGAAGGUUUUAACCAGUCACUUAUUUCGUUUAAAUCUUUUUUAACUGUGACCAAGUUUGUGAUAUAGCCUACAAUUUAAGGUAAACAGGUCAUGCUAUUUUUAGUUUUUUUUUUUUUCUUUUAACAAAUUACUAUAGGUUUAUAUAGUAAGAUUUUGAGAUUCGAUACAUUUACCUGGAUUUGAGUAGAGACAGUGGUUACUUGGCCAUAAUAGUUGCUUCAUACAUCAUUAUACUGAUUUUUACCCAGUGUUUGCACAGUCUUUGAGCCAUUUGUUAUUUUUUGAGAUAAGAGUAAUGGAACCUUUGACUUGUAAGUACUAUUGUGUAUUUGUAUGCCACUGAUGUCUUGACUGGAUGUGUGUGUGCAUUUUAUGAGUUCUGUAUGAAAAUGAAAGUGAACAAUGAACAAAUGCGUUGUCAUUAAGUUUGAUUAAAACAUUCUUACCCUCUACAGUGUCAGAAAGUACUGUAUUUUCCUAUGUAUGAACCAUUGUCCUUUGAUAAGUUCCAUGAAGUAAGCUUAAGUAUAGAAUGAACAUAUGCUAAUGUGUUAAUAGUAAUUCUGUACAGUAUAUUUUUGUAUGAUCAUAACUCAGGUGGAAAAUUUCAAGUAGAAUACUUAUCUAAGAAGUUUCAAUCUUGCAAAAGAGGGAUGACGAUUGAGAGGUUUAAUCUGAACUGGAUUUAUUGAGAGAUGAUUCCUUUGUGUUAGGUAAAUUAUAGUUAAAAUGUAAGUGGUUUUUCUUAUAUCCUGCAUUGCUGUGCUAAGCACAGGAAGGCUUCGUUUACUGUUAAGAAUUAAUUGACAAUGCCUGUUCUACAACUGUAUCAAGUGAUUUUAUAGGUUUUGACAUUGUGAGGUACAGUAAUUAUUUAAGUUACUGAAUAAUUUUAGAUAGUUCAUGAAAGUAUGUUCUCAAAAUGUACAUGUUAAAGUUUAAACUGUGAUAAAGAAAUGAAUAAAGAAUAACUGUAUGAAUU